AUGGACUCAAACUUUUCUGAUGAUGAAUAAUUCAAUAACAACACUUGGGAUGAAUACUCUGAUUUAAUAGUUUGUCCAUCACCUCUUUUACUUGGUCAUCCUAAAAUUAAAAAGUUUAAUGACUAAGAUGAACUUUCAAUCAUUCAUCUCUAAUAUCACACUGACACAAUAGAUGAUGGUUACAAUCCUCUAAACUAAUAGUAAAUUUCUAUUAAAAAGAAACUUCAUAAAAAUCAUAAGAAAACUUCUCUUAAAAAAAAUAAAAGUCCCUCUAACCUAAAUUCAGUACUUAAUGACUUUGUUUCCUAUGUAAAUCUUCCAUAAGAUGGUACUACUCAAUAGAUACACUAUUGUUAAUAAAUGAGACAACUCAUUGACAAUCUAGAAGGAAUUCUAUAAACCAUCAAAUCACAAAUUUUAAAUUAGUACCAAAAGUAAAAAAAUUAGAAAAAUUGA